AUGGGUGCAGUAGGGCAGGCUGGGGUCUUGUUUAGUGCUAUAUUUUUCUGGGGAUUGCUUGAUCCCUUAGCUUUGAUUAUGGAGGUUCAGGGUGGCUUUUUUGCUGAUCUCACCAUGCUGGCUUGUGGCCAAGGAAACCUGCAGCUCACCCUGCCCCCAGGCUGGGAGGGAAAUGCUUCUCUUGUACUGACCGCUUGGGAUACAGAGGGGAAGGCACAUGCUGUGCAGAAUGACUCCAGCUGUGGUCUCUGGGUGUCUGGGACUCCAGAUGGCUCCAGGAAAGUGUCCAUCUCAUAUACUGGCUGCUAUGUCUUUGAAUGGGCAGGCAAUUACUUCAUGCUGGUUGGGAUUGAAGGGGCAGAUGCUGCUGGGCAAAAGGUUCUCCAUGAAGAGAAGCUGCUCAGGUGCCCUGUGGACCUUCCUGCCCUGGAUGCUCCAAGCAGUAGCGUCUGUUCUGCUGUUGACAGCCAAGAUCGGCUUCCCUGUGCCUCUGUGCCCAUAAACUGGGGAGAGUGUGAAGAGCGAGGCUGUUGUUACAAUCCUAGGGACAGGGUGAAGCCUUGUUACUAUGGUAACACAGUUACAGCUCAUUGCACACCAGAUGGCCAGUUCUCCAUUGCAGUCUCUCGGGAUGUGACUCUGCCACCCAUUAUCCUGGAGUCUGUGCAUCUGGCCAGUGGACACAGUAGUGGCUGCAUUCCUGUAGUGAAGAACAAUGUGUUUGUUGUGUACCAGUUCCCACUCUCUGCCUGUGGCACUACUUUUCAGGUGGUUGGAGACCAGGGCAUAUAUGAGAAUGAGUUGGUGGCAUCUAGAGAUGUGAAGACUGGGAAGCUUGGCUCCAUCACUAGGGACAGCACUUUCAGGUUACAUGUACGCUGCAGUUACCCCAUCAGUGGGAACUUCAUUCCCUUGAGUGUUCAGGUCUUCACAUUGCCGCCACUCCCUGCUGUGUCCCAGCCUGGUCCUCUAUCUUUGGAGAUGCGCAUUGCCUCAGAUGAAAGCUAUAGAUCCUACUAUACUGAUGGUGACUAUCCUGUGGUGAAGGCUCUGAGAGACCCCAUCUAUGCAGAGGUCCAGAUCCUUCAGAGAAUGGACCCAGCACUGGUUCUUGUCUUGCACCACUGCUGGGCCACUCCAAGCAUUCAUCCCCAUCAACAGCCACAGUGGCCAGUCUUGGUGGAUGGGUGUCCCUAUAAAGGGGACAACUACCAGACACAGCUAGUGCCCCUGGGUACUGCCUCAGGACUACAGUUCCCCUCUCACUACCAGCGUUUCACCCUCUACACGUUCACGUUUGUGGACGCUACUUCCCAACAGAUGCUCUCUGGGCUGGUGCAUCUGCACUGCAGUGCCUCAGUGUGCCACCAGUCUAUACAGGGAUCUUGCACCACCACCUGUCCUGCUGGAGCCAGGGGUAAAAGGAGUGCUGAACAUCACCUUCAGGAGAAUGUCUCCCAUGUCACCAGUAAAGGCCCUGUGAUCCUCCUGCAGGAUCAGCUAAGACUGAAAACUGCUAUGGAUGGCCUUGGUAACAUUAUCCUGUUGGGAUCUUAAAGCACCUGGACCCUAAGGAAGCAAAAGGCAGUGCUGGCCAGGACCACCAGUAUGCAAUAGGAUGUAAAUAAGGAGGGGUCCUCUGGCUCAGCAGCAACCACAGGUAAAUCUCUCAACACCUCCUCCCAAUGCUAAGUGAAAGCCUC